AUGAUGCGCCGUGAAUUCUCCUCGCAGCAUCCUGCCGCCUCCAACAACUCUUCUUCCACAGCUCCAUCCUCUUCCUCCUCGACAAGAACAAGAACAACAACAACAACGUCCACAUCCGCUCAAACAGCCUCGCCCGCCGCCUCGUCGCCCAUUCACGUCCGCCGGCAGCAACGCCGCCGCACAUCAUGCCGCCACGCCUCGCACUCGUCUUCGUCGCGUCCCUGCGGCGCCCACGCCGUCAAGACGAGCACGCUGCUCGCCCGCAACCCGGCCCUCGCCCACAAGCUGCGCCAGAUGGCCCUGCCGCUCAGCCCGCUCGUCCAGCUCACCACCGGCGCCGUCCACCCGCACUUUCCCACCAACGUCCUGCAGUUCUGGCUCCUGACCGACGCCCAGCUCGAGUCCCUCGCCGGCUUCUACCACCAGGCCGUCCCCGCCGGCGGCCGCCCCUCGCCCUGGGCCGGCCAGUACCCGUGCCCCGUCCGCUGGCGCUCCGACGCGCCCCUCGAGAUCAAGCGCCGUCGCAUGGGCCGCUUCAUCGGCCUGCGCGGCUGCGAGUCCCCCGUCGAGGCCGUCUUUGCGCCCCCGCCCCCGCCGCCGUCGUGCCUCAAGAGCGAGGAGGAGAUUGCGCAGGAGGCGAGGCUGGCGAGGCUGGCUGCCGAUGACGAGGCCCUGAGAAGAAAGACGGCGCCUGGUCCUUGGGGCCGAUGA